UGAGCAUCGUUUAUUUGGGAAUAUAUUAAGAAUAUUCUCUUAUAACCUGUACUAGUUGAUCUUCGAAGGCCCCCACGAUUCACUCUAUCAUCCCACUGCGUGAAGUUCCACAGCUGAGGGAAAAAACUCUCCAACGCCCAAAAAUGGGGGAUUGCGCGGACAAGCUUGCUGCAUUUCUGUCUACUGCAGUGGAAGCAGCGAAAUUGGCUGGGGAGAUAAUUUUCCAGAAUUUUCACAAAACCAAGGUCGUGGAGCACAAAGGACGGGUUGAUUUGGUUACUGAGACUGAUAAGGCAUGUGAAGACUCCAUUUUUCGGCAUCUAAAACGAACAUAUCCAGAUCAUCAGUUCAUAGGGGAAGAAACUUCUGCUGUUAAUGGCACUGCUGAUUUAACUGACGUGCCAACAUGGAUAAUCGAUCCCUUAGACGGAACGACCAAUUUUGUUCAUGGGUUUCCUUUUGUUUGUGUUUCAAUUGGACUUACUAUUGAAAAGAUUCCUACAAUUGGUGUUGUGUACAAUCCAAUGCUUGGUGAGUUGUUUACUGCCAUCAGGGGAGGGGGAGCCUUCUUGAACACAGCCCCAAUAACAGCAUCGUCUCAGUCCGAGUUGAUGAAGGCUCUAGUUGCAACAGAGGUUGGUACAAAGCGUGAUAAAACAACUGUUGAUGCUACUACGGAUCGCAUCAAUGGAUUGCUUUACAAGGUGCGCUCACUGCGUAUGACUGGAUCAUGUGCUUUGAACUUAUGUGGAAUAGCAUGUGGAAGGCUUGAUGCCUUUUAUGAGUUGGGAUAUGGAGGGCCAUGGGAUGUGGCUGCGGGGGUUCUAAUAGUUCAAGAAGCUGGUGGUUGUGUCUUUGACCCAUCCGGAGAUGACUUCAAUAUUACAUCUCAACGAGUGGCAGCAUGCAAUGCCCAUUUGAAAGAGGCAGUAAUAGAUGCAUUGAGGGGCAAUGUAUAGAUGCGAAUUAUUAAUCAGACAUCUCAUUAUUAUUUUUCUUGGGCUUAAAUUGUCCAUCUUGCUCCUUAAGACAUCUCAACAAGUGGCACUGUGUAGCAUCCCUUUGAAAGAGGCAAUAAUAGAUGCAUGAGGAGCAAUGUUAGAUGUUAAUUAUUAAUAAAGAAAUUUCAUUAUCUUUUUCUCUGA